AUGCGCCCACCGAAUCUAACCCCCACCCAGCGAGAGACUAUCGUGUGCUUUCUUCUAGAUCGGAGCGAUAACGGUGAAAUUUCUGGUGGCGAUAUUUCGGCCGCUGUGGCCAAAUAUGAACGGCAUCGGAGCACCAUCUCACGUCUCUGGGAGCUGCACAAGAAGACGCGAACGGAAGAGAAUCGUCUUGGCAACUUAGCCAGUGGUCUGAUUGGAAAUUGCGGCCGUAAGGCCAUUGAUACUGACGAGCUGCGCCUGCAGAUCCGCAAGAUCCCUUUGAGCCGCCGCAUGACUAUCAAGAGUCUGGCGGCAGCAUUGGGCGUCUCCACUACAGUCAUUCGGCGACUGCUCAAAGAGGGCGCCUUCAGACGCCACUCCAGCAACGUAAAGCCCGCGCUUACGGAAGAGAACCGCCUUGCUCGUGUCCAGUUUGCACUGAGCCACACGACGAGAAAGCGAGGUGGUGAGAUGGUAUUCGCCGACAUGUUCGACGUCGUCCACAUAGACGAGAAGCGGUUUAAUGAAGACACAGACCGCAAGUGCUACUACCUCGAUGCAAACGAGGAAGAGCCCGUUCGCCAGCGUCAGAGUAAGCGCUUCAUUUGCAAGACCAUGUUCAUUGCCGCAGUUGCCCGUCCUCGAUAUGACGCGCAUCGCAAACAGGCGUUUGACGGGACGAUCGGUAUUUGGGCGUUCGCUGAAGAACCCAAAGGGAUUAUCGUGUUACGCAAUGUCGAGAGUGUAGACCGAGAAGCAUACAAAGCGACACUCAUUGGCGACAUCAUCCCAGCGAUCAAGGCCAAGUGGCCACGGAGCGGCAAGAAGCGCACGAUUUACAUACAACAGGACAACGCCAAACCUCACGUGUCAGUGGAUGAUCCGGACAUCAUGGCUGCAGGUCGCAGUGGGGGCUGGGAUAUUCGAAUGCGCUGCCAACCCCUGAACUCGCCCGAUCUUAAUGUGCUAGAUCUAGGUUACUUCCGCUCAAUCCAGUCGCUGCAGUAUCAGACGGAGUGUCGCGGAGUGGAAGCGCUACUCGACGCCGUAAACAGCGCCUUCAGCGCCAUGAAAGCCGACACUCUGAACAAGAUCUUCAUGACCCUUCAGACGUGUAUGGAAUGCAUCAUCAGGGCAAAUGGCGGCAACAACUACAAGACUCCACACCGAGGCAAGGACGCCCUAAAAAAGCCGGCCAGCUACCAGUGUCGUUCGCUUGCUCUGCAGAAGUCUAUGAUCAAGGCGUGA